AUGGGCAACCCCAAGCAUGCCCCACGGCUGCCAGCGCGGCAACUCUCAAUUCUGGCAUUAUGUCGGUUCGCAGAGCCUAUCGCGAUGACCUCGGUCUAUCCGUAUAUUCCUGAAAUGGUCCAAUCCUUCGAUGUCCCAACCGACGAGAUCGCCAAAUACGCUGGCUUGAUGUCCGCCGUCUUCUCCCUCUCGCAAGCCUUGACUGGUAUUGCUUGGGGCCGCGCCGCUGACCGAGUUGGGCGCAAGCCUAUGAUCUUGUUUGCCCUUACGUCAACUAUGAUUGCGGGUGUGCUCUUUGGGUUCUCAAGAUCUCUACAGUGGGCAUUUGUGGCGAGAUCGUUCCAAGGGCUCAGCAACGGAAACGUAGGCAUCAUUCGGACCGCAGUCGCUGAGCUAGUCCCGGAGAAAGAGCUGCAACCGCGAGCGUUUAGCAUCAUGCCUCUGGUAUGGACUGUGGGCAGCAUCUUCGGGCCUGCGAUUGGUGGGAGUCUGGUCUAUCCGACAGAGAGAUUCCCAGGCCUGUUCGGACACAGUCAACUGUUCAAACAAUACCCGUUCGCGCUACCAAACGUAUUGAUUUCCUGCAUGUUCAUCCUGGGCAUCACGGCCGGGUUUCUAUUUUUCCAGGAGACAUUGGCGGAUAAGAAGCAUAAGCGAGACGUUGGGCUGGUACUGGGGCAGCUCUUGACGAAGAGCUGCCGGAAGAGAGACAAGAAACCCUGGAAAAUCGAUGCGGACGGUGAUGCGGUCGAACCUUUCUUGUCAAGAUCUGGCAGUCAAAUGUCGAGCCCAACUGCGGUAAGAAAGAGCUUGCCGCAGACUGAUGGGAGCGUCGGUUGGGGCCAGGUCUUCACGCGGCAGUCCAACAUCAAUCUCCUGGUUUACACAUUCCUCGCGAUGCAUUCGGUUGCGUACGAUCAACUGCUGCCAGUCUUUAUGCAUUACCCUGUCCAAUCAAGGAACGACCCAGAUGUAAAGCUUCCACUACGAUUUGCUGGUGGGUUUGGUAUCGAAUCGCCUCGCAUCGGCAUGUGGUUCAUGAUCUACGGCAUCUACGGUAUGCUGAUCCAAUUUCUCGUCUUCCCAGUUCUGGCGAAGAAGUUCGGGGUGUUGAACUGCCUGAAGCUAUGCUGUAGCAUCUUCCCUCUGGUCUACCUUGCGACGCCCUUCACGGCUCUCCUCCCCAACAACAAUGCUAGAGAGGGCGUCAAUUUGGUCUUGAUGGCAUUUAAGGGUUUUGGUGCAAUCUUCUCAUUUCCUUGCAGCACAAUUCUGCUCACUAACAGUGCGGCAUCACUCAAGGUGCUUGGGACACUCAAUGGUGUGGCGACAUCAAUUUCAGCAUUGGGGAGAGCGACCGGGCCUGCAGUGUCCGGCUUGGCCUUUACACGAAGCGUCGAGGCCGGGUACGUGAUCGUUAGCUGGUGGAUCCUGGCGCUCAUUGCUCUCAUCGGAGCCGUUCCAGUGUGGUGGCUCGAGGAAAUGGAUGGAUUUGCAUCCACCGCAGAUGAUGACGAAGAGGAUGAUCUGGACUACGACGAUAGCGCCCACUUCGUCGAUGAGCCUAAUCCGACAGGGGCGCAAAUCAGCAAGCAUAACGACCGACUCGAUCCUAUGCAUCUGCAUGUGCGCAACACAAAGCCGCGGGCGGGCUCUCCCGGCCUAAAGGCUGUCGAUGGGACGGAAGAAGAGCUCAUUGACGAAGGCAGUCCGCUACUCCUGCCCAUGGACCGCAACAAUCAACGCAGUUACUCUCGGGACGGCCGGCGGCGCGAAAGCAGUGCUGCCGGGAAUGGCAAUAAUCAUGAGCACGACCUGCGGCGCAUGCCGAGUCCCAUUGGCCUUGGACCUGGCAUUGGUGGUGAGCGCAUGAGGAGAUAUAGCACAGAGAUCGGUGCAAGCAGAAGCGGAUAUGGUGCUGGAGGAACCAGCUACCACUAG